GCUGACACGAUCCGGAUUUUAGUGGCAACAGAUAGCCAUGUCGGAUACAGGGAACGAGAUCCUAUCCAGAAGGAUGACAGCUGGAAAAGUUUUGAUGAAGUAAUGCAACUAGCAAAGUCUCAAGAUGUCGACAUGGUUCUCCUUGCAGGAGAUCUUUUUCACGAAAACAAGCCUUCUCGAAAAUCCAUGUACCAAGUCAUGCGAUCUUUGCGAAAAAACUGCUUGGGAGAUAAACCUUGUGAGCUAGAGUUUUUGAGUGAUGCCAGCGAUGUUUUUGACGGUGCUUUCAAUCAUGCCAACUACGAAGAUCCUGACAUAAAUAUUGCUAUUCCUGUAUUUUCGAUUCAUGGAAAUCAUGAUGAUCCAACUGGCGAUGGAAACUUCUGCUCGCUAGAUCUUCUACAGGUGUCAGGGCUAUGUAACUAUUUUGGUCGCAUACCUGAAUCUGAUAAUAUUCAGGUAAAGCCUGUCCUCGUACAAAAAGGACUUACAAAAUUAGCCCUGUACGGUAUGAGUAAUGUUAGGGAUGAGCGACUAUUCAGAACGUUUCGUGAUGGCAAUGUCAAAUUCUUUAGGCCUGGCGUUCAGCAGCAGGAUUGGUUUAACUUGAUGGCUGUACAUCAGAACCAUCAUGCCCACAGUGACACGAACUAUUUACCGGAAAAUUUUCUCCCGAAAUUUCUGGACUUAAUUAUCUGGGGUCACGAGCAUGAAUGCCAGAUUGAUCCCCGUCUAAAUCUUGAAACCCAAUUUCACGUUAUGCAACCUGGGUCGUCAAUUGCUACUUCUCUUGUUCCAAGCGAAGCUGUAGCUAAGCAUGUUGCGGUCCUCAGCAUCACAGGAAAAGAAUUCAAAGUAGAAAAGCAUCGAAUCAGAUCUGUUAGACCGUUUCUUACGAAAGAUAUUGUUCUUCAAAAUGAUACACGCUUUAAAAGACUUAUGAAGCUCAAAGAUAAUCGGACUUUGUUGACAAAUGAGCUUGAAAAAAUAGUGUUGCAGCUCAUAGAUGAAGCGAAAGAUGAGUGGCUCUCUAUACAAGAUGAAGAGUUAGAUGAAAAAGACAUUCCCUUGCCACUAAUUAGAUUGAGAGUAGAACAUUCUGCGCCUGAGGGAUACAAUUUUGACUGCGAAAACCCGCAACGGUUCUCCAAUAGAUUUGUAAAUAAGGUAGCUAAUGUGAAUGAUGUUGUAUACUUUCAUCGAAAGAAAAAAAAUUUACGAGCUAAUGUAAUUGACAAGAGUAUGCCAGACGCUUCAGUUCUGGAUAUCAUGGAAGGAGAUGGUAUCAAAGUCUCUAAAUUAGUGCAUGAGUUUCUUACUGCUCAAUCCCUCAAAAUAAUACCUCAAGCCGAAUUCGGUGAUUCUGUGACGCAGUUCGUCGAGAAAGGAGAUAAUCAUGCCAUGGAAGAAUUCGUAAGUGAAAGUCUGACACUUCAAGUUCGAGAAAUGCUAGCCAUAGACGAGGAGGAAAUUUCAAAUAUUGACGAGCAGAUGGAAAUCAUCCGUACCAAGCGCGAAAAAUUGUUUGCCGCAGGACUUCUGAAGAAAAAUAAAGAAAGACGGAAAUUACUUCCUCGCCCGCUUAACUGGGACUCCGAUGAGCAAGGGGAAUGGGCAGACCAGCCCGGCGCCGUGAUUAUUGACGAAGAUGAGGAUACGACAUCAGCCGUUGCCUCGAAGCGCGCUAAAAAUUCACUCUUCGUGAGUGAUGAUGAACUUCCCAUUGUGACGGAGCCUAAGAAGAAAACUGUGGCGGUCAAGGCUCCAGUAAAGCGUAAUACAACUAAGCCCCGAGCUGCAGAAAAAGCAAAACCUACAGCACGAGCUCGAAAAAAAGCAGUGGACCCUUUUGAAGAUGACAACGAUGGUGGACUAUCGAAUCAAACUCUUUCAACCAGGACCACACGACGCGGAAAGCAGACAUUACUGAACCUCACCCAAUCCCAGGCUCCCAAAAAAGUCUCCAUGGAGUUAAGUGAUGAUGAAAUUUCAGAUGAUGCUUAUGAACCCGAUUCUCGAACUACUAAUAAGCGAAGAUAA